AUGGAGAUGUAUCAAGGCUCGUCAACGCAGCAACCAGCUGCUAUCUGUGCUCUUAAGUCUCCCGUAGAUGCUAUCCACAUCUUGGAAGCUGUACGAUUAGGCAUAGUACCGAGAGUAACAAGAAGAUUGACAGGACAUGAAAGAGCGAUGAUUAGACCUGGAACAGUCUGGGUAUGGGAAGAAGAGGAAACGAAUAUGCGCCGAUGGACCGAUGGAAGAAGAUGGGGUGCUUCGAGAGUUGGAGGCGGUGGAUUCUUAGUUUACACAGAAUCUUCGGAAUCCCUUUCACCGCCACCUUCGAGGUCAGAUUCGCCAUACGGUCAACAUAGCGGAUAUUAUCCUGGACCAGGAUCAUCAUCAUCAUCUUCGUCUCGUCGACCCGAGAGUCUCAUCAAGCAAACGUAUUCGACUACAAUGACACAUCCUGUCACAGGGAAAUUAAAGAAAUUCCAUGUUGUAGCUUAUUCAAGUAAACAUAACCCACAGGGAGACGUACAUAAUCCGUUACCUUUACCUCAUCAAUUGCCCGCCCUGUCAUCUUUGAGAGUCACACCUGGAAUAUGGCCAGAAUGGGAACAUCGACGUGAACAAGAAUAUGGUAAUUCAGGUAGAAGACCACCUUCAGCUUCUGGUCUUCCUGCUUCGUCGUCUUCAUCCACUUUUGGUCCACCUUCACAAUCUGCUCCCGCAACUGCAGUCUCAUCUCCAAACGGCCCACCUUAUUCAGUCGCAGUACCUCCUACUGCCUAUCCCGCUCAACGACCACCUUCACCUCAGGGUUACGGGGGUGGAAGAUCGUUUCAACCACCCCCACCUCCUUAUCCAAGAAGUGGGACCGCUUUUGAAGGCAGAUCGUCACCUUCUCUCCCUCCACCAUCUUCUCACCAACAACAACAGCAACAAGGAAACUUGCGAGGUCCUUCAGCACCUUAUCAGCAUCCACCACCACUCGUCAAUACUAGAAGAGAUCAAUAUGAUACCUCGAUGGGGCCCGGAUUUCCUGGUAGGCAAAUGACCGCACCACCUCAUAUGUUCCCAUCUAACCCAGUGCCUGGAACAGAACGUUUUCAUCCUUACUCCAUGGUAUCCAGAAAUCCAAAUUCGAAUCCCAAUCAUAACCGAGUAACGUCAUAUCCGCCUUCAACUGGUUCAUCAGGAAUACCAACUACACCUAUUGGAAGUGGACAAUCAUCUCAUCAUGGUGAUACCUCUCAAUCGAGAGCUUCACCAAGUUCUCAAUCUUAUCCUUUCGCUUAUUCACGUCCUUCAAGUAGUGGUGGUAGAUCUUAUCAAGAGACUAAACCUUUCCAACAAGGUGAUAGAGAUAGAUUAUCGCCUGAAACCAAAUUCAGAUCCAGUAUUAACGAUAAUAAUAAUGGUAAUUCUGAUCCCAGAAGAUAUCCUAGUGAUAACAAUGGGGGGCAUCUAAGACAAAUUUCAAAUUCUUCUUCUUCACGAUUAGAUACCUCACCAAAUCAAAGCAACAGAUUACAACCACCUAUUUCAUCGAAUGAUUUAGCUUCUGCAUCAGGUAGAUCACCCAAGAUGUCAAUUUCAUCGACCCUCUUAAACCACAACGCAUCAAACCCAUCCAAUCCUGCUCCUGGACUUACUUUACCCCCACUUAGGACUACUUUAGAUGGAAACACUGGUGGAAACAGACAGGAAAAUAUUUUACCUUCACCUGGACAUAUCAGUCCUAGAAUAGUCAGUCAAACAUCUGCAAAUCCAAAUCAAAGAGCGAGUAAUAGUCCUUCACACGAUAUCAAGAAAGAUUGGAGUGGUGGCGAAGACGCCAGACAAUUAGGUGAAUUAGGUAGACGGGUAGUCUUGUAA